AUGGCGUCUCCAUAUCCGUUGACGACGGACGAGAUGUGUGAUACAUUCGGUGACCUUCAUACCAUCUGUCUUCAGGACUCAAACGUCCCACAUCUCCCCGGAUCGCGUCCCAUUGACGAUGCCUGCCCCGUCAAAGAUUGCCAACGGCGCAUGAACAGGUCAACACAAAGCUCUCAUCCUGUUAUUCUGUACACCGCACUAACAGAGCUUGUCGCCGUUGGGCCUGGCUACGGCGAGAAAUUACCAGUAAGUGGUGUGGCUGUGGCGGUUCAUAUUCGCUCACCAGCGGAAGAAUAA